AUGGGCACGGCUUCUCAUAAUUAUAUCAAGAAGAUUAUUAUCGUUGCAAUUGGGAUAUUCUCUAUUGGCAGUGGGGUAAUUUUUGUUAACGGUAAGCUUGAUACGACCAUUAAGAGCACCAUUUGCAGUGCCGAUAAAUAUGAUAAUGAUCACGGUACUUAUGACCGUGGCAUGAGGUUUGUUCUGGGUCGUUUGACAACCGACACAUCACACGUCGGUUACGACUACUACAUCGCCUCUCCAGGGCCACCAAUAUAUGAUUAUGUGUAUGCUCGUGGAGUUUGCGAGGAUAAAUUGACGCAAGAAUACUGCGAUUCAUGUAUGCGUGUUGCUGUUGCCAACGUGGUCAACUACUGUUACAUGAGCACAGGGGCCCAAAUUCAACUUGGAGACUGUUACGUGAGGUAUGAGGAUUAUCCUUUUGAUCAUUAA